AUGGCCGUCCUCUCCACCCUCCUGCACGCCACCGCCUUCUCCCGCCCCUUCCUCUCCACCAUUGUCCCCUCCAUCGCCCUCGCCUACACCCUCCAAGCCGCCGUAGCGGUGCCCUCCAUAAUCGCCCAGUCCGAGCGUUUCUAUGACCUCUCAGGCUCCCUCACUUACCUAUCCUGCACAGCGCUCAGUCUGUACCUGCCUACGAUCAGAGCACGAUAUGCAGCGGCUGCCGCCGGCGCAAUCAAGCCCGCCUGGCCGAGCGUUUUGGGAGCAUUGAGGGGUGCGAGCGGAGCGGGGCUGAAUUGGAGACAGCUGGUGCUGAGCGCGGCGGUGAGCGUGUGGGCUACGAGAUUGGGAACCUAUCUCUUCCAGCGCAUCUCCGCCGACGGUUCCGACUCCCGCUUCGACGACAUCAGACAAUCCCCGCCCAAGUUCCUCGGCGCCUUUUUCGCCCAGGCAACAUGGGUCUCCCUCUGUCUGAUGCCCAUCCUAGCCAUCAAUUCCCUCCCCGUCUCGGUCUUCGCCUCACUGCCCGCCGCAGUCGGCAUCACCGACGUCAUUGGCAUCUUGCUCUACGUGGGCGGCUUGUCCUUUGAAGUGGUGGCCGAUCGCCAAAAGAACGGAUGGGUGCAGGAGAAGAAGGAGAAGAAACACGAAGAGGAUUUCUUGACGCGGGGACUGUGGAGUAAGAGCCGUCAUCCGAAUUACUUUGGCGAGGCUACGUUGUGGACCGGCAUCGCAACCGUUGCUGGAGGGGUCCUGAUGAGUGGACCUGGACAGGUAGGCAUGGGAUUGGCCGGUUGGGGGUUGUUGGGCAAGGCCAUCGCGGCGGGUGUGUGUGGUGUGAGCCCGGCUUUUGUCAGCUUCUUGUUGCUCAAGGUCAGUGGGGUGCCGAUGAGCGAGGGGAAGUAUGAUAAGCGGUACGGUGAUAGGGAGGACUACAAAAAGUGGAAGAGGGAGACGCCGAUGUUGAUCCCCAAGCUAUGA